CACCAGCACUUGAUACACAACACCUACACAUCAUGGGUUUCUUCAGCCACGAGUCGCACCAGGAGGUCUACGGAGGCCAGCACGAGGGCAAGUUCUCCCACGAGCUGAUCGGAGGUGCUGCUGCCUUUGAGGCCAUGAAGGCUUACGAGGACCACGAGCGUCGCGAGGGCAAGCCUGCCAACCACUCGAUGGCCAAGGAGAUCUUCGCCGGACUCGUUGGUGCCGAGGUCGACAAGCUCGCUGAGACCAAGGGCCUCGACUACAUCGACAGGGAGAAGGCCAAGAGGCACGCCAUCGACGAGGGUUCCCAGCAGCUCGAGGGCCGCUACUAAGUCAUUGCUCCUAGCCUCGACAGUCAUGUAGCAGACUUGAACGUCCCUCCCAAUGUCAUACCUGAUCACUAUUUGAUCUGAUCUGUGAAAUUCGUAUGAUGGAAUCUGCCUCUGAGCUUGAUCAGAUUACAUUGGUAUACUGUACAGUGCUGCUCGCUAUCCUUGCCCGACAAGGGUAGGCAGGUCGCCUAAAGAUACAUGUUAUGUCUACUUUCAUUCGUCCUUGAUAUCAUGCUGUGCCUUGAGCGCCUGCAGCUCA